AUGUCAUCUUACCAGGAUCACUGCCAAGAGAUGGAAAAGCUGUCCACAUCAUUUUUUCUCAGAAUAACUUUAAUUUUUCAAUUGCUAUCUAGUUUAGUUGCGUUUCCAAUGAUCAUUGCGGCAAGCUAUGCAUUGUGGAAUGCUCGAGUUUCAAAGCUGUUCCAUAUUAAUGUGAUUAUCAUAUUUCAAGUUCACCUUUUUGGAUUUUUCAUUCACUGUUUGAAUAGAAUAAUCCUCCACGUCUUGGACCUCUACAGCUACUUUCUUUUAGACUACUGUGACAUGCCGCCUAGUACGAUUCGCUGCUUCGUACUUCGAGUUCAAUAUGUAUUUGGACUUUGGCUAAUUGGUGCAACUACAGUACCCCUUAUAAUUGAACGAUUUGUCGCUACAAUUAGAUCUGCAAGCUAUGAGCACGCCGGGUGCUCACUUGGAAUUUUACUUGCAGUCCUACAGUUAUCAAUUGCAGCAUUUGCCACAUAUUUCUCAUUUAUGAGGUUCAACUUUUCGGAGCCCGUUAUGAAUUAUUGUAUGGCAAUAAAAAGCGGAUCGGUUAGUAAUGCUGAGAUGAUUUCGACAAUUAGUCUUGUAAUUCAAGUAGUUGGGAGAAUAUUAUUCGAGUAUUUGUUCAAAUUAAAUGAGAAGCUUCGAGCUAAACAGUUAACAUCAAGCCUCUCAAAUCGAUACCUACUCGAGCAGAACUUAAAAUCAAUGAGAACUUUGAAACGGUUCGCAGAUUUACAAUCCAUUUUUAUGAUAAUCCAUAUGCUACUAUUCCUUUAUCUUUUAGAGUUUGGCGUGGGAUUUGAAAAAUCCACGUACAUAUCGCUGGUGGAAUUAAAUGCCUCAUAUCCCCUAUAUGCAGUGGUAUCCAUCGUGGUUUUGCUGAAAAAGGCGCACUUGAACAAGGUGCGGCUGAAGAAGUCUUUGCAAAAUCAUGUGAAUGCCGAUCAGAAUGAGUAUUUUGAAAAUUUUAAUAGAUUUUUGAAUUAG